AUGAAUUUUCUUCUUAUUUUUUCAACAAUCACUCCGAUUUUUUCCGGUAAUUUUGAAGAAGAAUAUAUUAAUAAUUUGUUCGUAAGAAAAUCAUUCGCGGAUAAUUUACCCAGCAAUGUUCUCCCGAUGGCAAUUGCAGAAAAUUUGAGAGAAACUUUUUUUCAUUUGAUAAGUUUGCCAAGGAAGAAUAUUACUGAUGAAGUUAAUCAAAGACGGCUUGUUGAAGCAUUUGGCUACAUUGAAGAUGCGUUUAAAUACAUCGAGACAUUUGAGAAUAAAGAUAAACAUAUGUCAAAUGAAGAAAUUUUAAAGCCUUUGAAAAUGCAAGCGUGUCAAUUUUCAACGGUUGAGUUUUUAGAAUCUUGUGAUAAAAUUGAGAAAAUUUGGAAAAAUGUAUUCGCUAGAUAUAUCAAGAUUUACAGUGAAUACAAAUUCGAGGAGCUGGGUAAUCUUCAUCUGGCUGUUGAUGUUAAAAAAACAUUCCAAAAGUCUUUGGAAGCUUUACAAGGAUACGCUAUGUUACUUCAGAAUAAAAUUGCAGUGACGAGAAAUAUUACUGAAAAUAUAUUCCGGAGCUAUUUUAAAUGUUUUUUGUCUGCAAAUGAAGAUGAUAAUUGUAAUCUUACGCCGUUGAGCAAUCAAUUAUUUCGAUUGUACAAGCGGGGAUUAUUUGCUGCUAUGAGAGCUUAUACAAUUAAGAUUGUUUAUCUUGAAUUUUCACAUAUAAUUUUGAAGAAAUAUGAUACAUUUCUUAACGCGGAAAAGUAUAAUUACAAUGAGUACUCAAACCUGUUACAUAAUCUAGUAAUGUCAUUAACCGGAGAAAUCUAUCUUAUCACACCAGAGAACACAUCUUACAAAAAUUGUGAUCCACCAAAUUGGAUAGAAGGAGAAAAUUAUAUCCGAAUAAAAAACUACGUGUCACAAAAAUUGGAUCAUAAUUUAAAAAUCUCAAAAUUUAAUCAAAUUAACAGGCCAGAAUCCGAAUGUAGUGAUUAUUCGAUUCUUACUGAUAGCAAUCGUAAUUUAUUUAUAAGUAAAAGAUGCCCAGAGAUUUUUGAAUUAAAUUCGUAUCGAAUUGUUGACUGUGCUAACACUGGCCAGCAAGAAAUGACCAACAACAAUUUGGCAAAUUGGACACUAGAGUGCUCUAAUGAUAAUUAUGGUAUUGACCUUAACUUUCAUUGCUCAUGCGACAAAAUGUCUGACCAAGAUUUGAGUUUGCGAACUGUAAGCUUGAGAGAGGAAGGCUUUAAUCUGCAGGUUGUUACAGGAAUAAGAUUCGCGGUCAAAAACAAUGGGUUAAUGAUUCAAAUUCAAGAAGGACAGCUUAUAAAUGAAACAAUUGAUUUAAAAACUGUUAAAUGGCAAACUGACGAAGAAAGAAUUCUUGAAAAAGGCAUUGAGUCUGUUAGACUAAAUUAUUAUGUUAAAUCAUUUAAUUUGGACGAUAUUCAAGAAAUUUCCGAUAAAUUUACUCAUUAA